UCUUUGGGGAAAUAUGGCAAAUAAUGCCUCUCCCGAACAGAAUCAAAAUCAUUGCUCUGCAAUCAACAACAGCAUCCCGCUGAUGGAGGGCAACCUCCCCACUCUGACCUUGUCUGGAAAGAUCCGAGUUAUGGUUACUUUCUUCCUUUUUCUACUCUCCACAACCUUUAAUGCUUCUUUCCUGUUGAAACUUCAGAAGUGGACUCAGAAGAAAGAGAAAGGGCAAAAGCUCUCGAGAAUGAAGGUGCUUUUAAAACAUCUCACCUUAGCCAACCUGUUGGAGACUCUGAUCGUCAUGCCGCUAGACGGAAUGUGGAACAUUACAGUCCAGUGGUACGCUGGAGAGUUCCUCUGCAAAGUCCUCAGUUACCUGAAGCUUUUCUCCAUGUACGCCCCAGCCUUCAUGAUGGUGGUGAUCAGCCUGGACCGCUCCCUGGCCAUCACGAGGCCCCUAGCUGUGAAAAGCAACAGCAAGCUCGGACAGUCCAUGAUUGGCCUGGCCUGGCUCCUCAGCAGUGUCUUUGCUGGACCACAGUUAUACAUCUUUAGGAUGAUCCAUCUAGCAGACAGCACUGGACAGACAGAAGUUUUCUCUCAAUGUGUAACACACUGCAGUUUUCCACAAUGGUGGCAUCAAGCCUUUUAUAACUUUUUCACCUUCAGCUUCCUCUUCAUCAUCCCUCUUCUCAUCAUGCUGAUCUGCAAUGCAAAAAUCAUCUUCACCCUGACACGAGUCCUUCAUCAGGACCCCCACAAUCACUGGAGUCCUGUAUGCUUGCCUGUAGAGCCAGCAGUGACGCAAAACUUCAGAGCCUUGGCUCCCCAUUCAUCUGCCGGAUCGCAGUCGCAGCAGCGACGCCCAUUUCAGCCACCUGCACCACAGCCCGCGCUUUGGCCACACCCAAACCGGAAACCAGGACGCCCCUAG